GUUCUGCACAAUGAGCGCAAAUAAAUACGCGAACCUCCCGGACAUUGACACGUCGCAAGACGUUUACGAAACAGAGGAUGUGUUCCCUACGCGCACUCGUGCUGGCGAUUCUAGCGAAGACGAGUCUGCCGGCCAGACACGUACAAAUGGCAAUGGAGCGCGUGCAAAGGCUGAUCCAGGUGAAGGAUUAGACUCUACCAGUCUCAUUAGUGCAGAUGAGGCAGGAAAGAAAUUUAGAAAAGCCGAACGAAAGCGAGACCAUCAUCCACGAUCAAUAUUCGCAUAUCCAGCUUCAUCUCCACCUUCUCCUACUUCACCUACGCAUACGCGACCUCUGUCAACGCGUCUGCGUACUCUACAAGCUGAACUAGAUUCACUAGAAGCCGAACUCUCUGAUCCAUCUAAUCCUCUGUUACAUGGAGACGAAAAUGGUGAAGGCGCACAGAUCGAUCCUGGCGAAUUAAUGCGUGGGCUCGUUGAUGUACGUGGACGACUCGAGAAAGUGAAGAAAGGCCGAGAGGGCCGAGGGCGGCUCGUAGGUGUCCUGCUGAAUGCAGAAAAGGAGAGGCAGGAAAAGGAAGUUAGUGAGAUUAAAAGGGAAAUAAGUCGAGCACGAAGUGUGGAUUGUAAGGCCGGCGAUGGGAAGAAGGUAGAUAUCGAAGAUGAGACGGAGAAAGCUGCCCUUGCUGAACUGGAUCGACGAGUCGGUGAGCUCGAAGAAUUAAUUGGAUCUUCAAGCAUCGCUCUAGAUGAAGCUUCUCCAUUACCCGCUCCGUUGUUGCCCAUGCUCACAAAGCUCAAUAAUCAACUCGCGCUUCUCACACAGCCGCGCCAUCUUGACUCUAUCUCCCGCCGUCUAAAGUUACUCAUCUCCGAUCUUGACCGACUUUCCACAUCCCAACAACACGCCAGUAAACGUGGUCAAUCUCACCAAACCGCACAAGCUUCUCAGGGUGGGACGCAAUCCGCUCUUCAAGAACAAAUCUUACCACUCCUCGCGCGUCUUGCACCUCAUCUUCCCCAUCUCCCACACUUAUUGACGCGUAUGCGCACUCUUUCGGGGCUUCAUACAGCAGCGGCAGAUGUGCAGAGUACGAUUGGUACCUUGGAGGAAGACCAAGUGCGGGCGCGUGGGCGACUAGACGUGCUUUCAUCGGCGGUUGAAGGUGUCGAAAAGAGUUUGGAGGAGAACGCGGAGGUUGUGCGUAAAAACGUUACCGGUCUGGAGGAGCGUAUUGAAAUGCUGGUGAAACGUUUAGAUGCUCUGGGAUGA